AUGGCCAGUUAUAUGCCUCUUGCUGUCUAUAUCCACGACGGCGAGAGCCAUCGUACCUACACUACUACCCCUUUCAACGUGCGCAACACCGUCACCAACAGCAAUAAUCCAAACAGUGUCAAUGGCAACAUUACCCGGAACAUUGCCUACAAUAUAACGAACACCAUUAUGCACGUCAAUGCCUCUACCAGCGGCCUUGUCCCUGCAACCCAACACUUCCUCGACGACCGAACCCGCCGCAUCCACCAGCAAGUCCGCGCUCUGUCCCCCUUCCCCGGCAUGUUCGAACAUGGCCACGGGAUUCACGAGUCCCCUGAUGGCUUUUUACGCCCUGCUCAGGGCUGGAUUUGUGGCUUCAUCGACUACAAAGUUGCUAUUUUCGUCAAACCCGAAGGAGACUAUUUCGCCGCUCGCAUGUUCUACCAGAUGCGGAUGGGCGAUCUCUUCGAGCUCGAGCGUAUGGCCAAUGAACGGAACACUCCCCGGGUCGGCAGCUUUGGACAUGGGCUCUGGCUGGCUCCGGACGGGAGUUUGAAGUUUGGGUAUGGGAUUGUUAUGCAGGCCUUUCGUAACGCGAUUUUGGCUAUUCUGCAGACCCCGUCUGAGCCUGAUGCUGCGCCAGUUACCGGAUUUGCGGGCAAGGACCCGCACCCUGCUUAUCGGCCUGUGUUGCGCUUUGGCUAG